GUAAAGUUAAAGGGAAAACUCACAUGACUUUCAUAAUCAGUGUUUACUUUAAGUGUUAGUGUUUUUGGUCAUAGCCUCCAGUAAUUGAUCCCAAGAGUUGGUGAUCAUUAAGAUAUGGAUCAGUUGUCGAGUGUCUUAAAUAAUAUAAGUAAUGAUGAGUUGGUCACAAUGGAAAGGGAGGCCAAGGAUUAUGCCUUAUCUCAAGGUAUUGGCUUCAAACUCAAGACUAACCCAUUGGACACCAUAUCCAUGGCACCCAUUACUCUAUUUCCCUCCCCUUUAGGCUUCUUGGUGAAGGUCUGGCCGUUUGCGGAAGUCGGCCACUAG